AUGAAGGUCAUCAAGAAUGCUACUGAAUUGGCAUCAACCAAGGAGUACAAUUUGGGAUGUCCCCUCUCAGCUGAUAUUUUUGUACGAAACCUGGCUGAUAAAUAUCAGGCCUACAUCCAGAGAAGCUACGUGAGAUGCCCUGCCUUUGCUGCCCACGUGUUUGGCCCAGUCAAUGACUCAUUCCGACUCUACUACACCGAUCUAUCAGCCAUUGACUACGAGAUGUUUGCAUGUGCAUCAGGAGAAGAUGAGUCAAAAAUGACCACUUUUCUAGAGAAGCAUUACAAGAGGGGACUCCCUGAAGCAGAUCUCAUCAGAAUUGGAAUAAGUGCCCUGUUGCAGAGUGUGGGGCGAGAAGCAGAACACACUGAGAUCAGCGUGACUGUUCUGGGCAAGAAUGGAACAAGAGUCCUCGAUGGGCCAGAAAUAGACAAGCACCUGCAGGACAUAGCUGAGAAUUAA